CCAUACCAUGCGAGCUAAAAGCAGCAAUGGCACGUCGCCGUGAAUCACGUGUUACGUCAUGGCAUCGUAUGGCGCCGUGUUGCGGCAACGCAUCCCUUGAACCUCAACAGACACCCCUACUCGCAGUUGCGUUCACUUCAAAUGUGUUCGUUCUUGACUUCAUCAAGAGCGUGUUGAAAUUCGUUAGAGAGACUUGUAAGCCUCUACCUUGCCUUGCUGUCCUCCUUGCCGCGCGAUCUUGACACUCCCUUGACAACAUGGAUCUCGCGUACGAUCACAUAGCGGAGAAGACGUUUAGCCCCGCUGAUCGAGCCACUACACCGACCCCAAUUCCUUCUGGCUCGGCUGAAACUCCGGCGCCAGGUGGUGAUGCUGCGACACCGAAAGCCAGUCCUCCACCUGCCAGGCAAAGCCUUCAGACCGAGUUCCAAGAGACAUUCCAAGUGUUCUCGAAUUCAGCAUGGGGAGCCAAACUAGGCGGACUAUGGGGAAAUGUACGGAAACAAGGAGAGACGUACUAUGAAGAAGCAAGAAAGGAGGCCGCGGAAAUGGCCCAAGAAGUCGAGGCAUUACGAACUAAAGGCCUCAUGGGUCUGGGUCUCGGCAGUGACAAGGCCGAGAAAGAUGGAGGAGAGACAAGUCAAGGCGCGCCUGAGCCAGUCGCCGACGAUGAGCAGAAGAAAAGCCUCCAUGAAACCGAAACGUUCCUAGAAAGAUUCAAGCUGGAAGCUGCCAAACGGAUAAAGGACGUACAAAAGGCCGAAGAUGCUGCUGAUGAAGCCCUCCUGCGAUUCGGAACGAACAUUAGGAACUUCUUGCGUGAUGCAGUCGCAGUGACCCCGCCAGACGAUGAAGAGUUCAACAACCGUCAACCUGGCGAGGUCCUCUUCGAGAGCAAAGAUCCUACAUCCGGGAAAAGAGUGAUUCACACGAGCCGGUUCGAUGCGCAAUUGCAUGUCAUUCACACUACUCUGACGAGCUUUACACAAGAUCCCAGUGGUGCUGGCAGUCAAUGGGACGACUUCACCAGCGGCUUCGACAUCGACAAGAUGACAGACCGGAUCGCCACAGAUCUUGAGAAAUACAGCGAACUCAGGAAGUCUAUGGAGAAACUUGUUCCGGAGAAAGUAGAAUACAAGGACUUCUGGACAAGAUACUAUUUCUUGCGACAUGUAGUCGAAGUACAGGAAGCAAAGAGGAAAGAGUUGCUGAAAGCGUCGGCACACGAAGCAGAGGAGGUCGGCUGGGACGAGGACUCGGAGGACGAAGAACCAGUCGCCUCAUCCACUCCACACCUGACACAGGCUGAAGUGCAACCUCCCAAGGUGGUCGUCGCGCAAAUCACAAAUGACUCGUCAAGCAACCUCCAUCAGACAAUGCAACCGCCACUGCCAUCGUCUGAUCCGUCAACCCUGAAACCCGAAGCGCCUGCCCGCCGUUCACACGACGAGAAGUCUGUGGCCGAUAGCGACGCGAGCUAUGAUCUUGUCAGCGGAGCGACGAGUCGAGCGCCUGGCAGCCCAAGAGAGGAGGUGGGCAAAUCACCUGGUAGAAUUGAUGAAAGUGACGAAGAAGAUUGGGAAUGAUCUGGAUUUGAGUAUGGAGUUAUGGUGUUAGGGAUUACAGACAGACUCUUGCAACGUCCGAUUUGAUACCCCUCCUACGAGGACAAGACUCUACCUAUUCUCGACCUAAGUUAUCU